GGUUGACGUGUAUUACCGUGCGCCUUUAACCUUGUCCAUGAGGAUAUUAUGAAAGUCUCCGGUUUGUUCGCAGUUUUAUAACCUGUCUUAUGUUAUUUGUGUGUAAACCUUCGAAAAACGAUGAGCAAAUAUAUUCUGCCCGUCUCGGUCUUUGGAACAGUGUUUGGGUCCGCUGUUUUAUUGAAGAACCAUGUUACUGGAGGCCCUUGUCCCAGUAAGGUUAAAAUUCCAGGGAAGACCGUGGUCAUAACAGGAGCCAACACUGGGAUUGGUAAAGAGACAGCCAAAGAACUGGCCAAGAGAGGUGGUCGAAUCAUUAUGGGGUGCAGGGAUAUGGAGAAAUGUGAGGCGGCUGCCAAAGAGAUCCGGGGGCAGACACUGAAUCCUCAUGUUUACGCACGCCACAUAGACCUGGCCUCCAUCAAAUCCAUCCGCCAGUUUGCAGAGAGCGUCAACCAAGAGGAAAAGCAUGUGGAUGUGCUGAUAAACAAUGCAGGCGUAAUGAGAUGUCCAGCAGGGAAGACAGUGGAUGGGUUUGACAUACAGUUUGGAGUGAACCAUUUAGGUCACUUCUUGCUGACCAAUCUGCUGCUGGAAAAGCUGAAGGACUCUGCCCCUAGCAGAGUGGUCAACCUGACCUCUCUCGCCCACAUCGUCGGGGAGAUCGAUUUCAACGACCUCAACUGGGACAAUAAGAAGUUUGACACCAAACGGGCCUACUGCCAAAGCAAACUCGCCAACGUUCUAUUCACAAGAGAACUGGCCCAAAGGCUAGAAGGUACUGGGGUCACUGUGAAUUGCCUACACCCUGGGGUUGUUGCCACAGAGCUGGGGAGACACACUGGCCUCCACCAAUCGCAGUUCUCCAGCUCAGUGCUCAGUCCGUUCUUCACCCUCCUGGUGAAGGGGCCAGAGCUGGGGGCACAGCCUAGUGUCUAUCUGGCCGUGGCCGAGGAGUUGGAGGGGGUUACGGGCUGCUACUACGACGUCAUGAUAGAGAAGGAGCCAGCACCCAAGGCCCUCGACCAGGAGGUGUCCCGGAGGCUGUGGGAGGCCAGUGCCAGGCUGAUGGGGCUGGAGCAGGCAGCAUCAGCAGCAGUGCCAGCCUCAAAUAGGGCCCAAGAGAAGCCCAGCACAGACCCAGACACAAAGAUCAUAGCCAAGCACUCACUGUCAGUGCUUGAGCAAACAGGAAUGAACCCUGGAGUAUGAGCCCUGAUAUGGAAAGAAGUCACAGUGAACGGUUGACUUUGCAUAGGCGCCAUUUUCUCUUGACAAGAGCAUGUACAAUAUGAAAUUGGAGCUAGCUGGAGAUUUCGAUUAUGGCUCGUGAGACAUAUGCAUAUGCUACAGACUAAUGCUUGAUUUCACCUGCUUGUCCAAUGUCCAUACAUCUGGAGAUGUUAUCGAGGCAAUGAUACAGGAGUGACUUGUCCAACAGCACAGUGAGUGUUGGCUAACAGCCAGAAGAGGACUGGCCACCCCACAUAGCCUGGUUCCUCUCUAGGUUUCUUCCUAGGUUUUGGCCUCUCUAGGGAGUUUUUCCUAGCCACCGUGCUUCUACACCUGCAUUGCUUGCUGUUUGGGGUUUUAGGCUGGGUUUCUGUACAGCACUUUGAGAUAUCAGCUGAUGUACGAAGGGCUAUAUAAAUACAUUUGAUUUGAUUUUGAUUUGAUACAGUAGGUUCCAGAGGGAGCAGGUUUUCAUUCCAACCAAUGUCAAGUUAUAUUUUAAUGAAUAAUUAUGGAAACCUUUCAUGCCCAGAUACUCUGAGACAGAAGGAGAUGGAAAUCACUGUUAUUAAAACAGUUGUAAUGUGUUAUGAACUGAACACACAGGCUCAAGUUCAUAGCAUGUAUUGUAAUGAGUAAAGUAUAAUGUUGCCUCAUCUGGCCAUGACAAGGCUCAAGGGAAAUGGUUCCCCUGUCAUAUUAUUUUUUACAUUUUUAACAUUUAUUUAACUAGGCAAGUCGGUUAAGAAAAAAAUAUUAUUUACAGUGACUGCCUUCUCCGGACGACCAUGGGCCUCCCAAUCACAGCUAGAUGUGAUACAGCCUGGAUUCGACCCUGGGACUGUAGUGGCGCCUCUUGCACUGAGAUGCAGUGCCUUAGACCACUGCGCCACUCGGGAGAAGCAGUUGCUUAUCAUUGAUUAUACUAUUAUUCACUGAGCUAAUCUAACAAUACUAGAGUGGAAGUCUGAAUCAGAAAAGUGGAAACGCAAUAAUGACCUAGAGUCGCAUUAUAGAUCCCAAACUUUAAAAAUAUAUAUAUUCUCGGAUUUCUCCCACAAGACAUGAUUAAGAUAAGCACAUACUGUGGAAUCUGGAGCUGUAUUUAUGCUUUAACCCUGUCAUGUUUGUUUGGGCUGGUUUAUGUAUUAUUAAUCGUUUGUGAGGAAGAGGGUUAGCAUUCUACAGGCUUUGCUAGUGUUUUAAAAACUGUAAUCUGGCUAUUACCACCACCUGGUGGUGAGCUAUCAAACUGAGGGCAACACAUUUUGACCACUUAUGUAAUGAAGAAAAUGGAGACCAAAUAAAACAUUUCUUACCCCCCCACAAAGCU